CCACAAGUCCAGCACUCUUCCUGACGUCGCCACCCACCUCCAACCCCUCUGAGAGCCUCGGGACUGACUCACUUAGCAGCCGCAAAACGGAUCAUAGUCUUGGCACUUCUCCUUCACACGCCUUCCAAGGACGUCAUCUCACCGACGGGCCAUUGUCUUCGCUGUUCCUCGUGUGCGCGAGCGUAAGCGCACCGGGACCAUUUCAAGCGAGCGGUGUUUGUAGCGUGGCGUGACCAUUGUCUGCGUGCGUAAGACCGUCCGUGUACAGCGCUGCUCCGUACCAGUAAGUGAGCUUUGUCGUCCGGUGGUGGUCAGUAGAGCUGAAGCGGCCGGAGCGCGAAGCGGUCACCAGGGAGGUCCAGCUCUACGAGAAAGGUGCGUCGAUCAGUCGGAAACAGUGGUGACUUUGUAUCUAGUCUUUACUUGUGUGAAUACAGGGAACUGCCCCCCUUAAUGUUGACGAGCGAAGCGGCUUGGUCAUCGAAAGCAGUGGUCACUUUGUCACAAGCCAGUGCAAUUGAGUGAACACAAAAGGACUGCGCCACCAAGCACUGUUGACGAACGAAGCGUCCGGGUCCCGCUGGGUCCCACGAUCCAAGGCAAAUCCUUCUGGCGAAUCCCAUUGAUGAGAAGACUGUUGGAUGCGUACGUCAACAACAGAUGAAGUAGUCGUCAUACUGUCUGCGUCCCUGCAUCCGUGGUAUGCACGAACGAUUACCGACCGUCUCGCUGUGAAGCAAAGGAACUGGCCAUUUGGUCGAGGAGAGAAGCGGUCUUCUUGCAAGCCCGGCUUUGAAAAGAACACAGACUGGUCCGUGCAGCCACGACACAUGAAGUAUUCACCGCAUUGUCUCGAUUUCUGUAUCCUUUGUACGCCCAACUAACUCUCCUCCUGUGAAGUCGCUCACCCGAUCGACGACCCAGGAACAAUCACCUGACAAGUCCAGGUACCAGGAGUACUUCUGGGGCUCUCCGUACAACGACGACGCAGUUGGUGACGAAGCAGUUGGCGCACUUUCUCCGUGUUUCUGUCAGGUUCACUCAAGGACUUGUCCACUAGAUGCUUCUAAAGAACCGAAAAGGGGAAUCUAGGUAAUCGUUUCUAGAAGACCAGUCGACUUCAUCGGCGCACCCCAACCCGGACGAGGGGCGUUGCCGGGGUGACCCCAACUACCAUCGCCAUGGGUCAAGUCUGGAGCAACCUGUGGGACGUCCAGUUGCCGUUCAACUGCUACGAGACGGCUCACACCUGGACGCCCAUGUGUCACCGGGCGUGGAUCGACCUCUUCAAAGAUGUGAUGGCGUCGACGUUCCCGCUGCACCUGAUCUUCUACUCGACGAGCGCGCUGACUCGGGCCAAGGGCGAGCCCCUGGAGCAGCUGAUACUGAGCUACGUGAUCGGAAACAGCCUGCGUUCAUCCCUCAGCAUCGCCUACUGCUUCUUCUUCCUGUGCGCAUUCGCAUGCAUCUCAAGCGCCUACCUGGGCCACUUCUCUCCGGGUCAGGUGCUGUUCUCGUGCCUUGCAGCGGUCUACCUUGGCAUCAAGCUCGAAGAACCGAGACGGGUCCAGGCGCUGCUGGUCUCCAUGCUCAGACUGGCUGCCGAGGUGGCAUUCGCAACCCUUCAGCACAGCGGAGUUUUGCCCGAAGGUCUCGACCGAUUCCAGGUGCCAUUGUUCGCAGCUAGCCUGGCCGGAAUCGUCUGGCUGGCGCGGGCCACCAAGUCAAAGGACCUGAGUGUCAAGGCGCUACGAAUGUUCUUGGGCUUCCAACUGAUCCCUUGCAAGCACGGCGACUCGGCGCACGGCACAAACGACGACCGAAAGUUCCGGACGGCACUGUCCUGCUUCGCAUCGUCACUAACGAGGUUCGUCGUAUUCACAAGCGUCGGCACUGCGGCGUCUUUCGUCCUGACAUGGGGACGCCGGGUCGACCCCCGACCGGGACUUUUCCUGGGAUCGUUCGGAGCCGUCUACAGCCUGACCCGAUGCCUCCUGAGGCUACGUGGAUCGAGUCGUUCCUGGCACGACCCCACCGCGGCGCUGCUGGCCGGACUCUGUCUGGCGCUCUGGCCAAGUCCCAGGAUCACCCUGUUUUUUGUCUUCAAGUUCCUCGAGCUAUGCUACAGUCGUGGCGAGGAAGCUGGCGUCCUGCCGUCCGGAUCCGAAGGCACCCACUCCGCUCUCUUCGCCAUUUGCUGCGGUGUUCUCCUAACGGUGGGUGUACUCCAGCCCCACCUUGUGCGGCCAUCUUACCGUGCGUUCAUCGAUCGAGUAAUUGGAAAGAGGAUGCGCUACAUCAACGUUCCAGCCAUCGCGACGCUGGGCUACGGAACCACAAACAUUGUGCCCGACGUGCCGGUCACGAUGCCCGAGCUGGAUCCGAGGUUCGUCAGCAGGAGAUACAAGGAGACGCUCUGGGUCUGGGCUCAAUAAAGAAAUACUCGCGAGGCAAAAGAA